AUGAUAGGACAUGAGUAUAAGAGGGUCAGACUUUCGUGAUUUACUCAAGCUGGAAUCAUGACUGUCCUUUGGGUGCUGUCCUGCCUGGCCUUCAUUAGCACAGCCUACAGCUGCGGGGUUCCUUCCGUCACUCCAGUCAUCAGUGGCUACUCAAGGAUAGUGAAUGGUGAGGAGGCAGUACCUCAUUCCUGGCCCUGGCAGGUGUCGCUGCAGCACAACACCGGUCUCCACUUCUGUGGUGGCUCCCUGAUCAACGAGUGGUGGGUUGUGACUGCUGCCCACUGCAGUGUCAGGUUGUCCACCCUUGUGGUCCUUGGAGAGCAUGAUCGUUCCUCUGAUACUGAGGCCAUCCAGAUUAUGAGUGUGGGCAAGAUCUUCAUGCACCCCCGGUACGACAGCUUCACCAUCAAUAAUGACAUCCUUCUGAUCAAGCUCGCCUCUCCUGCCCAGCUGAACCCCCACGUGUCCCCUGUGUGUUUAGCUGAGACCAGUGACAACUUUCCUGGUGGUAUGAAAUGUGUGACCUCUGGAUGGGGCCGGACCAAACAUGAUGCAUUGCUCUCCCCCGCUCUGCUCCAGCAGGCCAUUUUUCCCCUGCUGACCAGUGAUGACUGCAGGCGUUACUGGGGCUCUAAGAUAACAGAAGAGAUGAUCUGUGCUGGAGCCUCUGGAGCCUCCACCUGCAUGACCGACUCUGGUGGUCCUCUGGUGUGUCAGAAGGCUGGAACUUGGACUCUUGUUGGCAUUGUGUCCUGGGGAAGCAGCACCUGCUCACUCACCAUGCCUGAAGUGUAUGCCCGUGUCACCAAGCUCCGUGACUGGAUGGACCAGGUCAUUGCUGCUAACUAAAGUCACAUUGUGCAUUGUGGUUUUGAGUAUCGUGUUUUUGUGUAUAUCCUGAUUAAUACAUUAUACUUUAAUAAAAUACACUAAACAAUGCA